AUGGACGUCGCCGAAACGCACCUCGUCACCGGCGGCAGCGGCUUCAUCGCACAACACCUCGUCAACGAACUCCUGACGCAGGGUGUCCGCGUAAACGCGACAGUACGCAGCCUCAAGAAUGAAAGAAAAGUUGCCUCCCUCAAGGCUCUUCAAGAAAAGCAUGCAGGGCGAUUGCAACUUUUCGAGGCCGACCUCCUUAAGCCUGGCUCGUUCAAGGAGGCGAUGCAGGGGUGCUCGGUGGUCCACCAUGUUGCAUCACCGUUUAUGAUGGCGGAGAUGAUCAAGGACGGCCAAAAGGAAUGUGUCGAACCGGCGCUGGAAGGUACUCGAAAUGUGCUAGCAAGCGUCAAAGAGACACCAUCAGUCAGACGCGUUGUUCUGACAUCUACAAUCGGUGCCAUUUUCGGAGAUUACGAGGACGUCAAUGACAAGAUGGGGGGCACAUUGUCCGAAAAGUACUUCAACGAGACCAGCACCGUAACGCACAACCCAUACCACUACUCCAAAGUACUCGCAGAAAAAGAAGCCUGGGAAAUCGCCAAAGGACAAACCCGAUGGGAUCUCGUGGCGGUCUGCCCAGGGCUGGUCCUCGGACCGCCCCUGUCUGCGGGCUCCGACUCGGGCAGCUUGUUCCUGAUCGACGAGCUACUCAGCGGCAAGCUGUUCUUUGGCGUACCCAACCUCAAUUUUGCGACCGUCGACGUGCGUGAGGUUGUGACGGCACAUAUCAAAGUCGCGGCGACACCCGCAGCAAGUGGUCGAUACAUUGUGACGUCACGCCAGUUGGCCACGUUCCUGGAGAUGUCCAAGCUGUUUCGGAGACUGAGUAAAUCAAGGCUCAUCCCGAACCACCUUCUGCCCGACAUUCUAGUUCAGGUCGUAGGACCCUUGUUUGGAUUAACCAGGAAGUGGAUAGCGAGGAACUUGGGGAGCAAGUUCGACAUAGACAACAGCCGAAGCAUCAAGGAGCUCGGGAUUGAGUAUCGACCGCUGGAGACUACCCUCACGGAGCAUUAUCAAGCAUGGAAGGUGAAAGCGUGA